AUGGAGGGGGACCACCAGGACCCCGUCAUGUGUGGUUCAGGAACCCUGGCUGUUAUUUGUUCUCCAGGGCUCCUUGUCCAGUCUCCCAUAUGGCAGGCCCACAGGGAGAAGACACAGGGGUCCCCACAACACUUCCACCCUGUCCAAACCUGUUGCAAAAAAACCAGCAUUUUCGCAGCCAGGCACAAAGCCAAGGGCGAAAUGCAAAAUAAAAAUAAAAUAAAUAAAUUAAUUAAUAAAAUAAAAAAACACACAAAAACAAAUCAAUGUCAUGCACCCCUCUCGCCACCAGAGGGAGCUCACGCUCCACUGGCGAGACACGAUUCUCACCGAGUCGUGGGGGUGACGUCACCGCAGCUCGACACAGGACCUCUCUCUGUCAGAGCGGACAGGUGGCGCGCAUGCGCAGUUCACCCAUGGAUUCUGUCCACUGUAUCUCACUGAUACAGACUUCAAUUUGCCAUGAAACCACCCAGGUUCAACGGUGUGUUAGUUUCAGUGGCCAAGGGGGACUCUGCGGAAGACGAAAUAACGUCUUUACUGAGCAAACAAGCUAUCAGAGCUGUCACGGCCGAGGAGUCACAACAGGAUUUCUACUCCCGGUACUUCCUCAUUCCCAAAAAGGCAAGCACAGCCCUUCGCCCCAUCCUAGAUCUCCGUGUGCUAAACAAACACCUACGGAAAUACACAUUCAGGAUGUUGACACACAAAGUGCUCUGUCGCUCUAUCCGUCAGAGAGAUUGGUUUGUAACGAUCGAUCUCUCGGACGCGUAUUUUCACAUCGCUAUUCACCCUGCACACAGAAAAUAUCUCAGGUUUGCUUUCCAAGGCAAAACCUACGAGUAUCAAACUGUCCCGUUCGGGCUGUCGUUAGCUCCGAGGGUAUUCAGCAAGUGUGUGGAGGGGGCUCUGUCUCCAUUACGGAGAAAAUGCAUCAACAUUUUUUCGUAUUAUCUGAUAUGCGCUGGCUCGCACGAGCAGGCGGUCAUGGAUUCCGCUAUGGUGAUAAAUCAUCUCAGGGAUCUUGGGUUCAGUAUAAACUAGACGAAAAGUCAGAUAGAGCCCGUACAAUGUACGGUGUAUCUGGGUGUGAAAAUAAACUCCCUGUCAUAUCGCGUCACGCUAUCAGACGGGAGAAUAAAAUCUCUCACACGGUGUCUCUCCCUCUUUCAGAUGGGGAGAGUGGUGUCGUUCCGACUAUGCCUACGUCUGCUCGGCCUGAUGGCAUCAGUGAUAGCCGUAGUACAUUUAGGUCUGUUGAUGAUGAGAGAUUUUCAGCGGUGGGUUGCAGCUUUGCACCUAUGCCCGCGCCAUCACCUGAACCGCAGAGUGAAAGUGACUCAGACGUGUGUGAAGUCUCUCCGUCAGUGGAGGAACGCAGGCGUGACGUCCAGGGUUACCAUGACAACGGACGCUUCCCUGUCAGGGUGGGGAGCAACGAUGUCAGGCAGAGCAGUGAAUGGCUCCUGGGGUCCAGAAAUAGCCCAGAUUCACAUAAAUGUUUUGGAGCUCUGGGCAGUGUUUCUAGCUCUGAAACAUUUCCUGCAAUUUCUCCGAGGCCGUCAUGUUCUGGUGAAAACAGACAACCCCGCUGUGGUAGCCUAUGUCAACCGUCAGGGAGGCAUGAGAGAC